AUGCUGACUAAAGGGAAUAAACGUUCGUCUUCGGUAUCUGUGUCACCACAGAAAUCGAGAUCUAAAAGCGCGACGGAGGAUGGGCCAAGUGCAAACCUCAAGCCGCCAACAAAGAAGCAGAAUAAGAAAUUCAGCUAUAAGUUCGCGCCAGUCAAUAACCUGAGCACCUUGGAGGCUGCAUGCUCCCCCUCAAGCCCGAGCAGUGGGCGGGCUUCUGCCGCAGGCCGAGCUGCCGAGCAGCAGCUCCGGAACGCAGAGAAUGAUAAGGAAAACAAGACAUGGCUAUCAGGUGUGAAGGAUCGGCACUCUGAGGAGAGUGGCUCUGCAAAAAGAGAUUGCCACCUGGGUCCAGCUUCGCAGUAUAAUGGGGACGGGCCGUCCGAGGAGGUCAUCUGGAUGUUCUCCCCAGGCAAGCAACAACGGGAUCCCACACCUGCGGAACAGGUACUGCCGAUCACGAUCCCAGACUACAGCAGUGGCACGGAUGAUGUAGGGCCGCUCAAUAAUCAGUCUUCCACACCAAUUAUGUCCAGCAGGUUCAAAACGAUUCUAAGCCUGCCGCAUUUCUAUUCGAAUGAUGCCCAUGCGCGGGCAAAUAUGUCAAGGCGGCAUAUACGGACAGGCACGAGAAGCGCGACUGCUACUCCCAACUUUGAGUCGAAGGCUUCCACCCGGGACAUUGACGAUAUUAUUAACGACAUAGCUGGCGACUACGUGGUGCAUCAAACGCAAUUGCCAAGCUCUCCGAUGAAAGUCGGCGAUAUCCAAGGAGAAUCCAGGGAACCUUCAGCAAACACGUCCGAGGACAAUGUGCGGGAUGACCCGCUACAGGAUAAUGGACGCAAUACUACACCCGCGUUGCAUGAUAUAACAUCCAGCGCAGACGAUGACGAUUCAUUGAUAGAUAUUCUUACGCAAAAUUUCAGCAAACCAAAGACGAAGCAGGUGAUAGAGCUCCAAUCGGUUCCCGAGAAGCACAAUACCGAGAGGAGUUCCUCUACUGGCCCUUUCUUAUCACUUGCCUCUGGCCUGGACAGCUCUUCACAAUUGGAUCCUAGCGAUGAGACGAGCAAAGCAGAACUUUUGGGCUCUGACGCUAAUGACGACUCAUUAAUAUCCUAUUUAGAGAAGAAGCAUGUGAAAGGGCAACCGGAGGUAGCUGUUGUCCCUGAACCAUCCAAAGAACCAGUUGGUGUUCAAAAUGAUGCGAUGAAGGACACAGCAAACAACACCGAGACAGAGGACCUUAACAGGUGGCAGCGACUGGCAAUGUGCGGGUACAAGCGCAAAGGCCUCGCACGGCUAGUUGUACUUUCAGUGAAGGAGUUUAAUAUUCUGAGCAAUCCUCGGCAGAAGAUUCUUACAUGUCUUGAUUCAGAUGGUGUAAAGUCUACUGUCAUAGUGCGCAAACCAUGGGUACAAAUGGAGUUCGCUCCUGGUGACGUGAUCCAUAUAAUUGAGGGAAAGCACUCUUCUAAUACACGUUUGCUUUCAGAUGACAAAGAUCCUAUCACUGGCCUAAUUAAUGACAACCUUUUGGUCCAACAUCCGGAUCUUCUUCUUUCGGCCACUAUGAUCGGAAAUUCAAUCGAUUGCAUGCGAAGAGCGGUACUGGGCGCGAAAAUAAUAGAACCAGGGGAACCAAGCAUUCAUAUUACUAUAGGAUGCAUUGUACAUGAACUUUUGCAGGAGUUCUUGAGGUAUAGAUUGAAUCAUGAUAGUAUUGAUGAUGAUUUCAUUGAGUCAGCUCUCACUGAGGUUAUCGAAAAGUAUAAACUGUCCAUCCUAAUGUGCAAUGAAACGGCAGACUCUGUGCGGGAAAUAAUAGAACAGUUUCACUUACCGAAUAUAAGAAGCUUCGUUGCGGACUACGUGAAAGAAUCGAAUUCAGGAUGUAAGGUGAAUGUGGCAGGCCACUCGCAGAAGGAACUUCUCAGUAUUUCAAAAGCAGUUGAUAUUGAGGAGAACAUAUGGUCACAUAUGUAUGGGGUUAAGGGGUUCAUUGAUGCGACCGUUGAGACAUCUGUUGGGUCCUCAAAAAGGCUUUUGGCACCUCUAGAGAUUAAAACAGGAAAAUACAAGCAUAUUUCACAUGAAGCACAGGGCUCCAUAUACACUCUUCUACUAAGUGAUAGAUAUGAUAUUCCUGUUGAUUUUCAUUUAAUGUACUAUUCCAAGACAAACGAUUUUGUCAAGCAUCCAACCUCCAUGGUCUCUCUGAAACAUCUGCUUGUUCUAAGAAAUCAACUAGCAUCUAAAUUGAAGCACAAUAUUGCUGAGAUAGAGUCUCGUGAAUCACUUGCAAACUUGGAACUUCACUUACCACCACUAUUGAAAAGCUCGACCUGUGACACUUGCCAUGCGAAAACGCAUUGCAUGGUAAUAAAUAAGCUAACAGAAAAUGGCUCUAUUGAAGAUAGUGGUUUAGCUGGAAGCGAAUAUGAUGAUUUGACAGGUCAUCUGAGCAAAAACUUGGCUCGUUAUAGGGAAUUUUACCAAAAGUAUAUCGGCCUUCUGCAUUUGGAAGAAUCAAGUUUGAAUAGCAACUCUAAGGAGAUGUUUCUGAUGGAUAGCGAGCUUAGAGAAGCUACUAGCGGUAGGUGCAUUUCUGGGUUAGUGAUACAGGAAGUUUCAAUGGUGGGCGAUUUAUAUCAUUACAAGUUCAGGCGCUCUAGUACCAGUGAUGUUAAUGUGCCAAUGAUUAAUAGCCAAUUGGCGGUAAAUGAAAGCAUUUACAUCAGUGAUGAAUUGGGCCACUUUUCCCUAGCUACAGGCCAUGUUAAAGACAUAUCUGAUUCAUACAUCGUUAUUAGUUGCAGCCGGCGGUUUAACCUUGACAAUAUUCGUGCUAGUGGCUUCAGUGAGGACCAGCAGCAGGUAAUUGAAAGUGUUUUAACGGAGACGAGUUUGCAACAUACAAAUGUAACAGAAAGGUUAACCUAUAGGGUUGAUAAAUAUGAGCAUGCGGUAGGACUAUCAAUGUCGAGAUUCAAUAUCUUGAAUCUGUUUCUUCCAGAAAUUGAUCCUGACAAAGAGUAUGUCAAUGCCAAUGGUGAUAGAAUACGUCUCAACAAGUGGCAUGGAGGUGAUGGGAAAACUCGACGUUUACUGGUCGAAGGACAGCCGCCCAGAUUCAGCAAAAGACCACAAUUCACAUACACACCAGAUGAAACCAAAUUCAACAAAGAUCAACUGAAGGCAAUAGACAAGGCGAUCCGCUGUAAGGACUAUGCAUUAAUACUAGGCAUGCCAGGGACUGGUAAAACAACCUUAAUUGCAGAAAUUAUCCGUAUUUUGGCACGGAAUGGCAAAAAUGUGCUGCUGACUUCGUAUACGCAUUCGGCGGUAGAUAACAUCCUAUUGAAGCUUUUAGAUAGCGAACUUCAGAUUGCUAGGCUUGGAUACAAACACAGAGUACAUCCAGGUGUCCGGCACUUGGUUCAGUCACUAGAGGACGUACAAACACAUGAGGAGUUGGUGUCAUCUGUCGACGAAUUUCAGGUGAUUGCCACAACAUGCCUUGGCGUCAAUGAUUCUCUCUUGGCGCUGCGCACUAAGAACUUUGACUACGUGAUUUUGGAUGAGGCAAGCCAGGUCUCGCUACCAAUUGCUCUGGGUCCAAUACGGUAUGGUGACCGCUUCCUCUUAGUCGGGGACCAUUACCAGUUACCACCCUUGGUUCGAAAUCAUAUUGCCAAAGAAGAUGGCCUUGAGGACACAUUGUUCCAGCUUCUGUGCGAUCAGCACCCCAGCUGCAUGACGGAGCUAACCCUACAGUAUCGCAUGAACGAGGACAUCAUGGCCCUGUCCAAUGAGCUAAUUUAUGACGGUAAACUGAAAUGUGGUGAUCGUAGCGUGGCAGAACGUGCCUUACGCAUAGAGGUCCCGAAGUCCAUAACCCAGCCAUGGCUUCGAGAGGCGUUAAAUCCAUGCAAACGAGUGAUCAUGAUCAACUACGACAAUAUCCCCUCCAUCCGUGAGACUGCAGACAGAGAUAAUAUCAGAAAUGAGGGUGAAUCCCGCAUCGUGGGGCUGCUUGUUUCGGGCCUCCUUUCCUGCGGCGCGUCAUCAGCAGACAUAGGGGUCAUGACCCUCUAUCGUGCACAGUUACGCCUGUUGAAGUCGGAGCUGGCCCCACAUAGUAGCACUCUCGAGGUGCUCACUGCAGAUCAGUUCCAGGGCCGUGAUAAGGAAUGCGUAAUCAUCUCGACGGUCCGCUGUAACCCCAGCCUCAAUGCCGGCGCUCUUCUGCGCGAGUUGCGCCGCGUAAAUGUCGCCAUGUCCAGGGCCAAAAGCAAGCUUAUCUUGGUCUGCUCUCUAGCGACUAUCAGCUCCGUCCCCCAGCUGCAGGGUUUCCUCCGUCUACUGCACCGCAAUGGAUGGGUCUACACGCUGUCGCCAUCAACUUACCCGUAG